AUGCAUACAACAUGUCUGGCGGAAUCACGUGGAUCACGAGAAUCAGUCCUGUUAGGUGGUGCGGGCUCCACGCCAUGCCUGUCGGUCCGCUGCCAUUGUGCGGACUGCGACAGCAUCUAUCGGCUGGUGGAGGACACCAAUGAAUGUACAGCAAAAACACAUGGUUGUCAUGUCAACGCUCAAUGUAACAAUACCAUUGGUUCAUAUGCAUGUGUAUGUACAACUGGUUACCAGGGAAAUGAAACGCAUUGCACAGCAACAGACGCCAACGCAAGUCAGUCGAAUACCUACCUAACUCUGGACAACAAUGAAUGUACAGCAAAAACACAUGGUUGUCAUGCGAACGCUAACUGUAGCAACAUCCCUGGUUCAUAUACAUGCGCAUGUUCAACUGGUUACCAAGGAAAUGCAACACAUUGCUCAGACAACAAUGAAUGUACAGCAAAAACGCAUGGUUGUCAUGCCAACGCUAACUGUAGCAACAUCCCUGGUUCAUAUACAUGUGCAUGUUCAACUGGUUACCAAGGAAAUGGAACACAUUGCUCAGACACCAAUGAAUGUGCAGCAAAAACACAUGGUUGUCAUGCCAACGCUAACUGUAGCAACAUCCCUGGUUCAUAUACAUGUGCAUGUUCAACUGGUUACCAAGGAAAUGGAACACAUUGCUCAGACACCGAUGAAUGUACGGCAAAAACAAAUAGUUGUCAUGCCAACGCCAACUGUAGCAACAUCCCUGGUUCAUAUACAUGUGCAUGUUUAACUGGUUACCAAGGAAAUGGAACACAUUGUUCAGACAACAAUGAAUGUACAGCAAAAACACAUGGUUGUCAUGCCAACGCUAACUGUAGCAACAUCCCUGGUUCAUAUACAUGUGCAUGUUCAACUGGUUACCAAGGAAAUGGAACACAUUGCUCAGACAACAAUGAAUGUGCAGCAAAAACACAUGGUUGUCAUGCCGACGCUAACUGUAGCAACAUCCUUGGUUCAUAUACAUGUGCAUGUUUAACUGGUUACCAAGGAAAUGGAACACAUUGCUCAGCCAACGCGUCUCCAAAGCAACAACGCAUGUUUAGCAGUCAUGGAGACAUCACGUAG